AUGGAUAUCACUGAUGGCCUUUGUCAACAUUUGCAACAAAAAUCUCAAGAUAUCUUGACUGCUGUGCAAUUGGUUGAUAAUACAAAAAAACUUAUCCAAAAGUUGAGAGAUGAAAAUUGUGAUAGAUUGCUUGAGGAAGUAGUAUCUUUCUGCAAGAAAUUUGAAAUUGACAUUCCAGAUUUGGGUGUUCGUUAUAUUCAACGCCGAGGUUGUCACCAACGAGAUCACAUCACAAUGGAACAUCAUUAUCAUUUUGACAUAUUCAAUGCUACCAUAGACUUUCAAUUGCAAGAGCUCGAUAAUAGGUUUAGUGAAGGGGCAAUGGAACUCUUGACACUUAUUUCAGCUUUGGAUCCAAAUGAUGCCUAUAAGUCAUUUAACAUUGAUGAUAUAUGUAGGCUUGCAGAGAAGUAUUAUCCUCUUGAUUUUUCAGAACAAGAGAAAAUUAAUAUGAGAUUUCAAUUGAAACAUUUUCAACUUGAUAUGCUUAAUGAUCCGAAAUUAAAAAAUUGGUCUUCCAUUGCAGAAUUAUAUCGAGAAUUGAUAGAGACAGAAAAAUCAGAGAGAUAUCAUCUUAUUGACAGAUUGAUUCGUCUUGUUUUGACUCUUUCAGUGUGUACAGCAACUAUCGAACGAGCAUUUUCAGCUAUGAAAGUCAUUAAAAUAAGACUUUGUAACAAAAUAGACGAUAAGUUUCUCGCAAAUAGUUUAGUUGUCUAUAUUGAGAGGGAAAUUUCUGAGAGCUUCAAUUCAGAUUUGAUACUUGAUCAUUUUGUUUCUCUGAGAACGCAUAGGAUGCAAUUUUAG